CAUUAUCUCAUUUCCUCAUCCUGUUCAAUAUUAUUAAUUCCUCUUCCUUAUAUUUCUCUCCAUUCUUAUUAAGUCUUACAUUCUUCCUGUACCAUUAAUGACUCUACCCUUCAAGUUCUGUGCAUGACUUCAAUUCAUAAAACGAGAUAUUGCAUCUAAAUACUUAAUUAUUUCUACAUUGCAUUGCCCCUUGCCUCUUCGAUCUGCCAUCUCUUCAACACUCUGUCCAUGGAUUUGAAAGGAGCAGAGGAGGAGGAGAAGGAGAAGGGGAUGAUGAUAAUUAGACCCAAUGAUCUUCUUCAACUACCAAAUCCAUUUCCCGAUUCGAGUCAAAGGGUUAUAAGGCAAAAACCGACUAGAUCCAGAUAUCGAGAAUGUCUGAAAAACCAUGCCGCAAGUGUAGGCGGCAACGUCCUUGACGGCUGCGGCGAAUUCAUGCCGGCAGGCGAAGAGGGUACGAUGGAUUCCUUGAAAUGCGCGGCCUGCAAUUGCCACAGGAAUUUCCACCGCAGGCAAUUGGAUUCAUCAGUUGAAAUUGGAUUUGCCUCGAUGGUCCACCCACUACAGCUCCCUUCUCCGACGAGUAACGGCCGACAAUGGAUUGUAAACAAUGUCCCGUUGAUGAUGCCGACCAGGGUCAAGGUGGGAUACGGCGGCAUGGGCACCGAAUCGUCGAGCGAGGAGCUGGUGAAUUUGAACUCGGGAGUGGAUCCGGCAUGUUUCGUGUUGUCGAAGAAGAGGUUUAGGACGAAAUUCACGCAGGAGCAGAAGGAGAAGAUGGUGGAGUUCGCAGAGAAGGUGGGUUGGAGAAUCCCGAGAGAGGAUGACGUGGAGGCAAGACGAUUUUGUAUGGAAACCGGAGUCAAACGGCAUGUCCUCAAAGUGUGGAUGCAUAACAACAAGAUCGCUAAGAAGGAGGAGAAGAAUGAAUGAAUCAAUGAAUUUGAUCAAAUUUAUUUCAUAUUUCUAUGUCAAGUGAUCUUGU